GUCAUCAAUUUUUAAAUUCUCUAAUUUUGAAUAUAGAUGUAAAUUGGGAAUGGUGUGAGUGUUGAUCUUAUUUCUGCUUUUUGUUAAUUUCACAUUAAAGAAAUAUGUAUUUCUGACUUUAGUCGUCUGAAAAAGAAACUGGAAAACAAAAACAACUUAAGUUAGCGAGAAGCACUUUCCAUUAUUAUCUCUCUUCCCCAACUCACAAUAAUAAUACCAUAGACGCCGGAGCCGUCGUCCCGAUGUCAUCUGCUACAACUCCCUCCACCACUUUCCCCGGCACAACCAUCACUUCCAACUCCACAUUCAUCAUCAUCGAUCCCCCUCCACCGUUCCCAGCACCUCCUCGGAGCAUCGACUUCACUCCUAUCAAACUAAUCUUCGCCGUUCCCGCCUUAGUUUACUCCUAUCAAACUAAUCAUUCAGAGGAGAUCGGUAACGAAUGCACCUUGUGUAAGUCGGUGCUCGCCGACGGCGAAGAGAUCCGACAACUAAGCGCGUGUAAGCACGAGUUCCACGUGUCUUGUAUCGAGGAGUGGCUCCAAACUCGUUCCAAUUGUCCUAAUUGCAGAGCAGACGUCCCCGUUAAACCGACUGAAGCCGACGCUAACGUUAACGGUAACGUUAACGUGAAUCGCAGCGCUGGCGGAAACCGCCGAGUUUCAGCGACCAAUAGAGAUGACGAUUGGCGUCAAGGUCUACCUGAUGCUUCUAGUCUAGUUUGAUUCAUUUUUUAUAUUGUAAUUUGUUUUUUUCGAUUUCAUGAUUUUAUAUUUAUUGGGACUGUAAACAAAUUACGUUAAAUCUUUUUAAAAAAAAGAGUUCCUUACUUCAA